UAAGCCCCUGUGAUUUCUUCAGAGAAUCAAACAAACGGGAACCUUCGUCCAAGAAUUCAAAAUAUUAAUUUUAUUCAUCAUUUCUAUCUCAUCGACAUCCAUGCCUGAGCGUUCUUUUCCUCCCCAGUCCCCACUUCCUCCCUGAAUAAUUCUUCUUUUCUUAUUGCAUUCUGGGAGCUGGUUCUCAAAAGGGGCUUCUCUCGACCGAGUUAGUAAUACCUACAGUCAAUGAUUUUUCUUUGUUCCGAAGAUACACUCUUUAACUGCCACAUUUCCAAACUUUUAUAUCAAAGAAUAUGAUUCAAAUGGUGAAACCAACUGAAGAAACAAAAGAUUCUUCAAGCCCAAAUUUGGUAAACCCUUCAAAGCUCCCAACCAUGGAUAUCAGGAGCCCCAAAUACUUGCAACCUUCAUCUUUGUUUCCUUGUAAUAAGGAACCACCAUUGGAGGGGAAUUCGAGGUCAUAUUACAAGAACAAAAGAAACCCAUUUGCAGAUACCUUCCCUGACCCACUUUGCAAGCUUAAUCUCAAGGAGACAUCUGAGUUUGUCAAGGCCUUUCCAAUGGCUAACAAUGAUACUGAAGGCAGAGGCUUUUCGGCUCAGAGUAGGAGAGAAGGAAUAAGUUCAGUUGCACAGAGGAGACCAGAUGCCCCUCCAACUCCUGGUAGGCCAGUUUUCAGCUUCGCCGUUGGAAAUCUCUCCAGAAAGAGCUUCCCUUCCAAGUGGGAUGAUGCAGAGAAAUGGCUAAUCAGUAGUUCCUGCCAUGAUUCCCCUGCCCAUGCGAUGAAACCUUCCGAAAACUCAAAUAUAUCAAAACAAAAUGAGAUUUUUCAUCAAAAUGAGGUCUUCGCAGAAAAAUGCAGAGUCACCGAGGAGAAAGUCUCAAGAAUGGCAUCAAGCUUUCAUGGUUCCGUGUCUUUGGACCACCCUAACCUAACUCUCAGUGAGGUCUCAACGGAACUACUUUUAAAAGAUAAGUUUACAGACAGUGUGGGUGUGGAUCCAAGUUUUCCGAAUUUUAGGUGCUGUGAACCAACCAAAGAAGGCUUUUUAUUCAGUAAUACAGUUUGUGAAACGAUGAAAAAUGCGGCUACGGAAGUGGUUCCCGAGGUUCAACACAGAGACAUUGGGACUGAGAUGACUCCUCGUGGAAGUUCCACGACCUCAAGAUGCCACACACCCUUCAAGAGUUCCUCUCCUGUGAGGCACAACACUCCAGCUGACAGGUCAGGCCCCUUGGCGUUGGGAGAUUCAAGAUCCACCACCACUACCAUUGAUAUUUCUGAGCUUCAGGAGUACCAUUUUGCAAAACUUGAACUUGGAACGCAGUAUGAUUCGGUUGUAUCAAAUUGGAGCUCAAGGGAAGAGGAGGAAGAGGAGAUAUCAAAGAGUUUGAGACAUUUUGAAACGGGCACCGGGUUUAGAAAGAGUGCUGCAGAGUCCAGAGCUUCCGCAUGGGAAGAAGAGGAGAGGGCCAAGUGCUGUAUCAGAUAUCAGAGGGAAGAAGCAAAAAUUCAAGCCUGGGUGAAUCUUCAGAGUGCAAAAGUCGAGGCUCAAUCAAGAAAACUAGAGGUGAAAAUACAGAAGAUGAGGUCAAAUCUAGAAGAGAAGCUAAUGAAGAGGAUGGCAGUUGUGCAUAGAAAAGCUGAGGAAUGGAGAGCAGCAGCCCAACUGCAACACUCACAGCAAAACCAGAGAGUUACUGAACAAGCACAGAAAAUGAAGAACCAGGAAAACAGUUCAUAUUUCUCAGAUCGUACCUCCUGUGGUUGUUUUCCUUGCAAUAAUCACCAGCUCUAAACGAGAGAGAGAGAGAGUCAAUUUCUGCAAUCUUUUGCACAAGUCAUGUAACAAACAGGUAAGAAAGAAAGUGAAGCACUUAAUGAGAAGAAAAUAAAACAAAGAAAGAAAAGGACUGACCAUUCAGAAGUUGUAUUUAGAAAUCCAAGAAGAAAGUGAACAACCUAACAGUGCAA